AAAAAUUAUGGGUUUUAAGUAUUUGAAUACUUAUUCCUGGGUUUUCAAAUACAAGUUGCGAGAAGUUUCUAAUUAACUGGAAUAUGAGUGUAGGUUGUUCAAUGCCUUCAGAAUUGUAUGUGGACGCACCCUUAAAGUGGUGGUCGUGCUUAGAGAUUUCGGAAAGGCCGGAAUUAAAAUUUUUGCCAGACCAUUACAAUACUAAAACUAUGGACUUUAGAAGUAAAUAAGAAAAAAAUUGCCGAAUCCUCCACAAUGGUCGUCGAGGAUGAGGUAGCACUCACGAGUCACGGAUAACAUUAAAGCAUUGAGAUAUAUACAAAUCACUGUCAUGUUGAAUAAGUUUGUGGCAAAAUUUUCUAUUGUCAAUAAUGGAGUUUAUGCUAAAAGCCGCAAAUGAAUUUUUUUCGUAUGUUGAAUAAGCGAUGGACUCACAUCAAGAAACAAGGAUGGUGUUAAAUUAAUUAUUAAAUCAUCGUAUAAUAUAAUAAAUGUAGUUAAAUUAUUAUUACAUCCUAUUAUAGGAUGAUGUAAUAAAAUUUCACAAUAAUUUAACAUCUAUCCUUUCCGAACAAGAUUAGGUUUAAGUUUCACAUUCAAGAAAUUUGAUUACAUCAUCCUAUAAUUUUCUUUCACACUAGCAAUAAUUUAACUACAUUAUGAUUAUUCAAUACGUUAAAUUAUGGACAAUAAAAAAAAGUUCACAGGUAACAUCAUAUGCUAAUCAAGAACAACAUAUGAGAACAUAUAAAUUCUAUUUAGGACGGUAGCUCCAAUUUUUGAUUUAGGUUCAACCUUUGAGUUGGGUCGAUGGAUGCAUACAAAAUGUUGAAUCAAACCGAGCCGAGUCCAAGGACCAAGGCCAAAUUAAUUCUCUGGGCCGAAGGAAAAAAGAAACAAAGUGAUGGGUUAAGGCCCAACGUUAAAAGGAAGAAGGCCUUUUGCCCAAACUGGAGCUAGAAUAAAAAUGAAAAAUGAACAAAUAGCCGUUUUGCAGCCCAAAGCUCAAUCCAGAACGGCCAUAACAACAGAUAAGCUUAUCCCUUCGAAUUUUCGAAAGCAUUUUCUUCUUUCCCCGCACCAGAGCGCGAAAAAAAGAAAAAAAAUGGCGGUGAAGAUACGAUUCGCAAGGCUCGGGUGCAAGCACAGGCCGUUCUACAGGAUUGUAGUUGCGGACAGCGAAUCCCGCAGAGACGGCAAGUUCAUUCAAGUCGUCGGCUUCUACGACCCGUUGGCAGCAAAAGAGGACACGAAGAAGAUGAGCCUCAAUUACGACAGGGCGAAGUACUGGUUAUCGGUCGGUGCACAGCCUUCAGACCCGGUUCGUCGCAUCCUUAUGCAAGCUGGUUUGAUCGAGCCACCAUCGAUGGUGGUAAUGGCACGCAAGGGCGGCGAGGGUGGCAGCAAUGAUGAUCAAGCAUGAAUGAUGGACCCGCGAGGCAAAAGAAGAGCACGAGGGAUGGAUGUAGAGAAAGCCUGCAGCUUUGAUUGAGUAUUUUGAGAGCUGUUUUUAUUCAUCCUGAUGCUGUGUAUUUUGUUUCCCUUUUCUUUAAGCUGAAGAAGAUACAUAUAACUUCUUUCUUCUUCUUCUUCUUCUCUCCCCUCACUUCUCAGCUUGCAUUCCCCCUAAUUGUACCGUUUCGAUUUCAUCAAGUUUGGCUUCUGUUGGUUCAGUUACCUUGCUCCCGAGGGUGGCUAACCGGUUUCGGUUUGUUUUUCGAGUAACCGACCUUGUCAAACCAAGAGGGGAAUGAACAUAACCUGGAAAUAAGGGUAUGUGGAUCUUUCAGAAGAAAACAGAAUUAAAAUUAGUAUUGCAU